CGCAGAUCACGGAACAGGAGGAAUCCGCGACCACACGAGACUGAGAGGAAGCAUCAUGGGGGACGCUGACGAGCGGUACAAUGCGUGGUUUCCACGCACACCACCGCGGGAGUGUGGGCUGAGGGUGGUGUGUUUCCACGGAGCAGGGUGCUCGGACACUGUCUACACGAUCAGCAGGGUUGCUGGUAAAAUGGCGCAUAACCCGCUCCUCGCGUGGCAACAGGACGAAGAGAACGAUGUGCAGGUGCUUGGGGUGCAGUUGCCCGGACGUGAUCAGCGGCACAGCGUCCCGCCGUUCACCAGCAUCAACGACAUUGUCGAUGCCUUUGUUGCAGACUGUGGCCAUUUGUUCAACACCCCAUACGUCCUGGUUGGCCAUUCCGUUGGCAGCUGGAUCGCGCACGGCGUGGCCAAGAAGUUGAUGGCGCAAGGAUACGAGCCCCCUCUCCAGCUCUUCGUUUCCGCGUUUCCGCCGCCCACCAUCCCAGCAGCCAAGCGCCCUUGGAACUCAUCAAGGGUAAUGUCGGAUUCAGAGCUGCAGGCGGAAGCGCGCGCGUGGGGCGUCAACCCGGUUGUGUUCCAGCAGCACGUCUGGUCCACGUAUGCGCCCCUCUUCCGUGCAGACUUUCGCCUCUUUGACGAACAACGCCCCAUGUCGUCGGCGGACGCGUGGCUUGGAAGCGUCCCCAUCCACGUCACAGGCGCCUCGCACGACACCCGCAUCAUGCCCCAUUUGCUGAACGGGUGGCGGAAGCUGUCGUCGCACUGCAGCGUCGAUACCGUCGAUGGCGGACAUCUCUUCGUCUUUGAUGCACCGGCACGCGCCAGCUGGUUUGAUAUGAUCAUCAAGGGUGUCGAUGCGUUGACAAUAUCGCGCCUGACGCCGCAGGUGCUCCUGCAUGACGUCAUCAGCUCCAUCGUCAACCACGGCACCGCCCCCUCCAUCGACCGCCUCGCACGCGCCCACAGCGAGACUGCAGAGACCAUCACCACCGCGCUGUGCUCGCUGCCCGGCGUCGUCGUGCACCCGCUCCUGGCAAGCGUGGUCGAGGUGCAGCCCUUCUCGCUCGUGCCGUCGUCUGUCUGUAUCCGCAGCCACAUCUCCGACGCAACGUGGUGGGCGCCGACGCUGUUUGCUGCGCUCGGUGCUGCUGGCACGGCGCUGGCCGAACAGCCGCUGCUGUCCAUCACGUGCUCUGUUGGCGGCGCUGAGCAGCAGGCGAGCAUUGUCGUGCGCCACGGCCAGCUGUGCGGCGUCGACCAGGUCGACAGCGAUGAUGGUGGUGAUGGUGGUGGUGUUGGCGAUGGUGACGGCGAGGAGAGCGGCAUUGGCAGCAGGAGCAGCCGGCUCGAUGCUCAUGGUGACGCCGUGCAAAGCAGUGACGUGUCUGACCUGGAGGCCGAGAUACAGCGGGCGCUGCGGCUGCACGACCAGACCACCACCGCCUCCGUCGCCCUUCCCUCAUCCUCGUCAGCACCACUGGCAUUGUCAUCGUCAUCGUCAUCGUCGUCGUUUGGUGCGCGAAGGAACAGCAGCGCCGUGACCGGCCAACAUCACAUCGACGAGCGAGGUGCUGUGCACGGUGCCCGCCGCCGCCACAGCGAGCAGCACGCACCAGCUGCCUUCACGUCAUCAUCGUCAGCAUUAUCGUCGUCGUCAUACCCAAGCAGCGCGCGUGGUAGCGGUGGGCGCGGGUGCAUUGAGCUGAGCGCGGCCCAACUCGACCGCUGCUAUGUGUACUUCCUCGUCGACCCCGUGCCCGUUAUCGAUGAGCAGGGACGCGAGCAGGAGAUGAGGGCGCACACGCCGAUGGCGCAGGAGUCAGCUGUACACCAUGUGGAUGUUGGAUAUGGCACGACGCUGCUGCUGUCCAACAAGGUUGCGCAUGCGUGGCGUGAGCAGCACCACAUGCCGUCAGGGCGCAUUCUGCCGCUCGUGUCCGCCUUUGAGCUCGCCAAGCGCUGCUUUGCUUUCGCGGCUGUGCACGACCCGCAGACAGUAGGCAGCAGCGGGUGGUGAUGAGGACGGUGGAUGGGGGUUAGCGAUCAUGGUGGUGACGCUGACGGUUGUGGAGGUGGCGAUGAAGAUGCUGGUUGUGAAAGUGGUUGUGAAAGUGGUUGUGAAAAUGGUGGCGGUGCGAGCUUGAGGUCUUGCACACUGCGUCGUUUCGUGGUGUUGUGAGGUGUAGCAAGAUAGGUUUCAUUCUAUUGUGUCGUGUUUCGACUGUGGCUGCACGCUUGUAUUGCUUGUUUGACCUAUUGGUUGAAUUUGGCGACACUGCAUGUACGACACCAUAUGUUGUACUGUAUUGUAUUUGUUGAAAGGGUAUUUACUACCUCUGCUUCGCUCGUGUGCGUCCAAACAACCGUUUUGUUUUGGUCUCAUGACCGGGCUGUGUAUGAUGUGUUGUUGUGUGCAAUUGACACCUCUCUUCUCCCUGUGAUGGCACGUUGGCAGUGCCAUUAUUGACAUGUGUAAACGCCGCUGUAAUCCCAGAGCACUAUGAAGUUGGUACACAGAAUCCAAUAACAAGCGAGUGACACGG